AUGGCGCCCAAAGGUGUACUGGACCUGAACAUCGCCAUCGUGGGAGCUGGUAAGUCAGCCUUACCCUCCAACGUCGACUUGUCGAUACUGAUAGAGACGUAAGGCAUGGGCGGCCUAGCCACCGCGCUCUCCCUGGCGAAGAAAGGCUUCCGCGACAUCAACGUCUACGAAAGCGCUUCGAACCUGGGAUUCGUUGGAGCAGGCAUCCAGCUCGCUCCCAACAUGGCCAGGAUAUUAGACCGAAUGGGCGUCUGGGCAGACAUCGAGAAGGAUGCCGUCGACUUGAAGGAGACCAGCAUUCGGCGCGAGUACCCGCAUCUGUCCACGUUGAUGUGCCGUUGCUGAUUGCCAGCAGAGGGAUCAACGGAUCAAGAACUCGGCCACGUCGACUUGAGAUAUAUUCGCUCGACGUACCAUUACCCACACAUGGUCGGCCACCGAUCCUCGCUAGCCGGCUCCAUGUACGAGGGAUGCAAAAGGGAGAGUGCCAUCCACUUCCACUUCUCCAUUGUGGCCGGAGAAGUCGGAUCUUACGGACCAUAUCCAUCCUUUACCGCCAUCCCUCGGAGCGGGGAGCCUUAUGAGAUCAAGUGCGAUGUCUUGUUAGCAGCGGAUGGGGUAAAAUCGACCAUCCGUGACCAAAUGCUCCGGCUGGCAAAUCUCGACGCCAAAAUCAUCGACACCGGCCAGGCUGCGUACCGUAUCAUGCUUACGCGUGAGCAGAUGAAAGACGACCCGGAACUUCUGGCCCUCAUCGACGGAGAGUCUGUUACCCGGUGGAUCGGAGAGAAACGCCACAUCAUCGCCUAUCCGGUCUCGGGCAACCAGAUCUACAACCUCAGCACCGUACAGCCCGAUAGGAACUUCGCGGCGGCUCCUUCGGCAUCAUACACGACCAAGGGGAGCAAGCCGCAGAUGAUGGAAGUCUUUGGGGAUUUCUGUCCUAAGGUCCGCAAAAUGCUGGACCUCGUGCCGGAUGGCGAAGUCUGCGAAUGGAAGCUGAGAGUCCACGAGCCUCUGCCAACCUGGGUGCGCGAGCAGACUGCUCUGCUCGGCGAUGCGUGCCAUCCGACCCUUCCACAUCUCGCCCAAGGAGCGGCGCAGGCAAUCGAAGACGGCGACGUCCUGGGCGUCGUGCUCUCGAAGCUGCCGGACACGUCACCCGAGGCGAUCCACAAGGCUCUGAAGGUCUAUGAGGACGUGAGGCGAGAUCGGGCGUACACGCUCGUGGACUUGGCCGCUCAGAGCGGUCGGGCGUUGCAUCUCGGAGACGGAGAGGCGAAGAAGGAGCGGGAUCAGAUGUUUGCUGCCUUGAAGGAGGGCAAGGGGCCUGUGCCUGAUAAAUGGUGAGGAAAAGGUCAAUUGUCGUAUCUUCAGCCUUACAUGUGCUGACUCUGUCUAGGGCCGACGCGGACGUGCAGAAGAUCAUAUACGGUACAGACUGUGCGCAAGUGGCGGCUGAUCGAUUUGACGAGCUGUACGCAAAGCUGUGA